AUGACCGACCGCUCUGCGCGGCCGUCGCCGCAUCGGUCUUCAUCGGCACUAGCAUCCGCCAACUAUUCCUCAGACACUGCCUCUGUUCGCCCACGAAAUCGACGUCUUGCUAGCACACUCGGCGAUGACAGUGAUACCGCUACCUCCCGCGAAGCCAGCCGCUCCCGCCGUGGCCGCAACAUCCAAGUCCACGAUACCACAGCUUCCCCCUCGCCUGCACGAAGUUACGGCCUCUUGUCAGCUUUGAGUCCUACAAAUAGCCGUUCGACAAGUCCUCUCCCCUUGGAUCGAGGAGUCUCCACUCCUCACCGAACCAACAGCGCAGCCAAUCUUAGCAACUUCUUAAACGACUCAUUAACACAGAGCUGGGCUUCUAUCCAAGGGUUUACCUCUUCUCUCAUAUCAGGCGACAAUGUGGCAGCAAAGAGGAGUCAAUCCCAUAAUCGAGCAGGCUCUCGACCUGGAACAUGGGGAAGGGACUUUUCUAGUAACGGUAGCUCGAAGAAGACAGGUGGUGCUUGGGGCCCCGCGCCUCCCAGGGAACCGAAUCUGAAUGACGUGGGUGCUGGAUCCCUAGAAGAGCGUGAAGCGGCUCUGAAAGCUGCGAAAAGGGCCAUGGUACUGGAAAGCCACGAUGGUGUCAAUGGGGGACUGGAUGUCAGUGGGAAGCAUAAACGCCGAAAUUCUGACGAAUCUGCACCAGAGCAGUCUCAGCCUGAGGAGUACCUGGUCUAUAUCCACAAAGUCGAGCCCAAUGACACUUAUGCAGGCUUGAUAUUGAAAUAUCAAUGCCGCGAGGAUGCCUUCAGAAAGGCAAACGGACUCUGGACACGAGAUAGCGUCCAGGUGCGCAAAUGGCUCAUGAUUCCAGUCGACGCUUGCGAUAUUCGUGGGCGACCUUGUGAUCCACCAUCAUGGCACAACGCACAUGGUGUCGAUCUACUUGCCCCGACGCCCGCUGCUGAGGAGAAUACAGCAGUUCACGAUGACUUCUUCAGUCGACCAACUAAUGGAACGCCAUCGGCCACCCAAUCAGCCGAAGAAGAGAGGCCGUGGGCGCAUGUGCGCUGGGUUAAGAUUGACUCGUUCUCACAACCAAUAGAGAUUGCGCGGGUUGCGCGGAAUGCUAUGGGCUACUUUCCGCCUCGACGAAAGAAGAGUAUUAGGACUAUUUCAACUCUCUCAACACCCCGGCAAAGUCUGGACCUAUACAGCAACCCGCCUGGAUCCACGGGUAACUCGUCUCGUCGCCGAAGCUCUCUUGGUCACCGGCCGCAGCUCUCUAAUACUGUCAUGUCAAGCCCAGUACGAGGCGGAGGUACGAUCAGCGAGACCGGUGAAUCUCUACCCGCUUGGAUGCGUCGGCCCGGAGGUGUGGGCUCCAUGGGUAUGAGUACACGAGCCCCUGGGCCAGACAAAGAUUAUCUUACUACAUGGACUAAGAAGCAUCUGCCUGGGCUCACGCUUGAGGGUGUCCCCUCCAUGUCUAUCAUGGGUUCAGAAACAGCCCAUUUUGGUUUCAAAUCGGGUGAAUCAUCAAGCAUUGUGGAAAACCCCACAGGUGAGGGACAAGACGCCAGCUCAACACAACAGGGCAACGGGCUAGAUAAGGCCGCCGCCGCUGUAGAAACUUGGCUUAGGGGCGCUCUUGCACGCAAACCAAGCUCGCAACUGGAAAGGAUACGCGGACUGCCCGAGGGAAGGCCUGAACGGAACGGUGAUCUGAUAGAGUUGACUGAUACCGGUAGUGAUGAUGGGGGACCUUCAACAGGAGUCCCGUCCGGCCUGAUGGAGGCCCUGCAGAUUACGAGUAGUGGUCGAAACGAGCCCGAAGGAGGCAUUAGAGGAAGGUUAGCAGUCAAAGGUGGCAAGGAUGAUUAA